CGCGUUUCCCCUUCCUCCACCCCGGUCCCGGGGCCGUCUCUCCCUUCCCUUCUCUCCGCUCCGCUCUCCCCGCGGCGGCGACGUGUUGCCGUGCGGGCGGUGGCGGUGUCGCAACCAUGUGGGUGGCGGCGCUGGCGGCGCUGCUGGCGGCGGCCGGGGCGCAGUAUGAGCGCUACAGCUUCCGCAGCUUCCCACGGGACGAGCUGAUGCCGCUGGAGUCGGCCUACCGCUACGGGCUGGACCAGUACAGCACGGAGAACUGGCCCGAGAGCGUCAGCUACCUGGAGGUCAGCAUGCGGCUGUACCGCCUGCUGCGCGACAGCGAGGCGUUCUGCCACCGCAACUGCAGCGCCGCCGGGCAGCCGCCGCCCGCGUCCCCCGCAUCCUCGGGCGCCGGGGCGGCGCUGGCGGAGCUGCGGCUCCUGGCCGGGGUGCUUCGGCGGGCGCAGUGCCUGCGGCGCUGCAAGCAGGGGCUGCCCGCCUUCCGACAGGCGCAGCCCGGCCGCGACCUCCUGGAGGACUUCCAGCGCCGCGAGCCCUACAAGUACCUGCAGUUCGCCUACUUCAAGGCUAAUAAUCUUCCAAAAGCUAUUGCAGCAGCUCACACAUUUCUUCUGAAGCAUCCAGAUGAUGAAAUGAUGCAAAGAAAUAUGGCCUACUAUAAGAGCAUACCUGAUGCUGAGGAGCAUAUUAAAGACUUGGAGAUAAAGCCUUAUGAGAAUCUCUUUGUCAGGGCUGUGAGAGCGUACAAUGGUGACAACUGGAGAACAUCCAUCUCGGACAUGGAACUGGCUCUUCCUGAUUUCUUCAAAACCUAUGAUGACUGUAUUGCAGCCUGUGAAGGCUCCCGAGAGAUCACAGACUUUAAAGACUUCUAUCUUUCCAUUGCAGAUCAUUAUAUUGAAGUCCUUGCAUGCAAAGUGCAGUGUGAGAGUAAUCUGACGCCCAUUAUAGGAGGCUUUGUUGUUGAAAAAUUUGUGGCCACCAUGUACCAUUACUUGCAGUUUGCGUAUUAUAAAUUGAAUGACAUGAAGAAUGCAGCUUCUUGUGCUGCUAGUUACCUUCUGUUUGACGAGAAAGAUGAAGUAAUGAAACAGAACAUGGUGUAUUACCAGUACCAUAAAGACAAAUGGGGACUUAAAGAAGAGGAUUUUCAGCCCAGAUCGGAGGCAGUUCGAUACCACAAAAUAACCACACUUCAGCUGGAAAUGUAUGAAUUCGCGAAGGAACAUCUGAUGGAUGAUGAUGAGGGUGAAGUUGUGGAAUUCCUUGAUGAGCUGCUAGAAGUGGAUGAAAAGAAGGAAUCCUGAUGAGUGAAAUCAUCACAAAGUGCUUUAUGAAAGUGAAGACUCACCAUUGCUCCUUACUAUUUUUGGUCACUUGUAGUUCCAGUUAGAUAUACCUCAAAGGUGCUUCUUUAAGCUCCACUUUGUGUCCCAAAAUCCACUCCUGAAAGGUUACUUCCAUGCUGCACUGACUCUUCCGUGAGCAUGGCUUUUCACUAUGCAGAAUUGGUGCAUAUGAGUUUGCCUCUUGAACUUUCUUUCCUUUCCACAAACAACAAAACAGACUAUUUGUAUUUUCUGGGAUAACACUAAGUUGUAGCACUACAGCUAAAUUCUGAAGAACUUUUGUCAGAUUAUGAACCGAGGAAGACAUAACAGUUCUUCUUUCUGAGCUAUGUGUUCUAUUAUUUAUAUAUGUCUUUUUAUAUGAUGAUGAAUAAAGUGAUAAUGAAUCCCAGUGCACCUGAAAGAUGUUAAGAUACAUUUAACUAGCUGAAAUAAGGUGAUUAACAAAGCACAGCUAGUGAUCUUGUAAAAAUUGCUUGAAGAAUUUUGAAAGCAGUUUUGAUCUUUCUUAAAAACUGAAUUAAAUUCCAUGAUGUGCAAUUAAAAAUAAAAUAAUUUCUUCUUUCUUCCA